UAUAAAUGGAACCAUAUGUAAAGUGGUACCAAAGGUUUUAAUCUGCAAARUACUUUGUAAAUGUUACAUGCAGUUUAUUCUGAAGCAAUGGAUUUAAGAGGCUAGAUUGUUAAAAUCACAACUUCAGUAAAUGUUCCGUCACAGAGUUUUUGUAUCAUUGCUCUCCAACAUUGCACAAGUCAGUCUCCUCUUUCAAUUUUCUUGUCCACUAGAUGUCGCGUGUGUUUCACAUAACACAACUCCCGACGCUCCAACGCAGCUUUUGUUUAUUCCUGCAGAAACCUUAAGAUGCGCCAACAUGUUGCAUGAUUUGUGCCAUAUUUAAAUWGACUUUUUACAUAAAUAAUCACCACUCUUAUGACCCAUUUUCACGUGCAGUUAAAUGUUCUUUCCAUUUUCACACCGGACCCAAAAGUACAGGCCUAUGUGCGGAUGUGGCAGAAGCUUCUCAUUGUGCAAAAUCAGAUUAAUUUAUGUCGUUGAGGUGAUGCGUAACAGGCCAUGAUGUUUGCACAGUUUCAGUUGUGGCAGAAAAAAGAAAAAGAAAAAGCGCAUCCAAUGAGCGCCUCCAGAGACUGCCCCCACAGCAACAGGGAGAUUGUGUUUCCAUAUUUUCACGCAUAAAGUUCUGAGAAGGCAGCAGCCUGACUCAGUCCUCACAGGUGGAAGAUGAAAAUGGGUCAUGACCGGGAGGGGUUUCCUCUGAGUGGACGUGUCCAACCGGCGUCUUUCUAAACCGCGCGCGCCMUCUGGAUCAUGGUCUUCCUCCAGAUCUGUGGCUCUCACAGCUUCCACUGAGCUCAACCCAUUUUUUUUGUUCACUUUGCUGAUUUUUGCAUUCUUUGUCGAAUGCAAACACAGUCAUGUUGAUCAGAACAGCUGCUCUCCUCUGCGGUGCGCUCUCGCUGCUCAAGUCCGUUUUCUGYAUGGAGAGUGAGAUCUGCUUCCCGGUGAGGCUGGAUUCCACUGACAGGAGGAAUUCUGACAACGACGUGGAGAUCAGUGAUGCAAAAUGUGUCAUAAAGUUAAAAGCUUUCCAGCAGGAAUUAGUGAUCGACUUGCAGCAAGACUCGAACUUUAUCGCGCCUUCCCUCUCCGACCAAGACGCGUUCUGGCUCCCCAACGCUGACGCGAGCUCAGGGCUGAGCCGGUGCUUUUACUCCGGAUAUGUAAACGGUGACAGGUAUUCCUACGCGGCUCUAAGCCUCUGUAAAGGUUUAAACGGCGCCUUCGGCUUCCAGGGCUGGGAGUAUUUCAUCAGUCCCGUGCGGAAUGACACCCGGAGCGCGCAGGUGGCGCACAUCAUCAGGCGCAGAACCAGCAGCAACCUGAAGCGCGGCUCAGCCUCCAGGUGCGCAGUGGACAGCGAUUUAAGCCUCUCAUUGGCGCAGUCGCUGGAGAAGUACAAACAACUCACGGACCAUGAGAGCGCGAACGAAACGAUGCUGAGGAGGAUGGGGCGAGCCAAGAGGUUCGCCUCGGUGCCCAGGUACGUGGAGACGCUGGUGGUUGCGGACGAGUCCAUGGCGCAUUUCCACGGGGACGAGCUGAAGCACUACCUCCUGACGCUGAUGUCGGUCGCGGCGCGGCUGUACAGGCACCCCAGCAUCCUCAACUCCAUCAGCAUCACUGUGGUGAAGAUUAUUAUCAUCUCAGAGGAGGAYAAAGGACCCAAGGUGUCCGGGAACGCAGCCAUGACGCUGCGGAACUUCUGCACCUGGCAGAAAAAGCUGAACAAAAACAACGACAAACACCCGGACUACUGGGACACAGCGAUUCUUUUCACCAGAGAGGACCUGUGUGGAGCGUCCACCUGCGACACUCUGGGUAUGGCGGACGUCGGCACCAUGUGCGACCCAAAGAGGAGCUGCUCGGUGAUUGAAGAUGACGGCCUGCCUUCGGCCUUCACCACUGCUCAUGAACUUGGUCAUGUGUUCAACAUGCCGCAUGACAACGUGAAAGCCUGUGAAGACGUGUUUGGGAAACUGCAGGACAACCACAUGAUGUCUCCCACUCUUAUUCAGAUCAAUCGCACCAGCCCCUGGUCCCCCUGCAGCGCYGCCAUUAUCACAGAGUUUCUGGACAGCGGGCACGGGGAUUGUUUGCUCGACCAGCCUCAGAAGCCUUUAGUUCUUCCUGAGAUUCUUCCCGGAUCAUCCUACAGCCUCAACCGUCAGUGUGAGCUGGCCUUCGGA